AGUCAAAUAUUUGAGCAAAGGGAUAGAUUGCCUAUUACGCCAUAAAUACAAUUUCUUCCUUUUUGCCCGAAACAUUGGCUUGUGAACUGCAAACGCCAUGCAGUUCGUGUUGUCAUGUUUUUUCUCCACAGGUACGUGACAAGCGUAUUACAUAAAGCAUUUACAGCCUGCCUCGUGCGCAAGAUGGCGGACAUUGUAAGUGUAGAUAUAUGUGCAACGGUAACUACCGGUUUGGAGUCCGUGGCCGCAGAGGAGUGCGAAGAAAAGCUAGGAUGCAAGUCUAUAAGGAAAGGAAGGGGACGUAUAUACUUUGACAUUCCAACGAAUUCGUUUACACAGUUGAAGUCCUUACGAUCUGUUGAGCACUUGUUUGUCGUAGUCAAGGAAUUUCAAGAAGACAGUAGCGAAGGCUUUGAUUGCCACAGUCCAGAUAUUCUUGAAAAGCUUUACAAACUACCGCAAGCUCUUGACUGGAAAUCGAGUCUUUUCAUGUGGAAGCAAUUUAAAGGAUAUUCGGGAGCAAUUUUUAAAAACGAAAACGAUGAUUUGAAUUGCAAUCGCGAUGGUUUUGUAACUGUAAAGAAUGGUGGAGGAAGCUCGAAAGAAGGUGACGAGUCUGUGGCCGAAGAGAUGGAGGAUGAAAGUAAAGCUCCAGUGAAAAGAAUGAAACACGGAAAUGAAAAUUCUGGACAGCCGAAGGCAAGUGAGGAGGAUGAUUCUGAAGAAACUGUUUUGCCCUCAAGUGUUGAUCUAGGGGUAACAUCGACAUCUACAAACGCCAAACCUCUAGAGGUUGCAGAUCAGCUGGUUUUACCGCGAUUCCGUGUCACAUGUACACGCACUGGCAAUAACCAUAGCUUCUCGUCCCAAGAGGCUGCAGCUAAAUUUGGUGGUGGAAUAAACGAUGGGUUUGGCUGGCGAGUAGACCUUAGCCAUCCAGACAUCGAAGUACUUCUCCACAUUGUCGACAACAGUGUUGUCAUUGGUAUCGCCCUGACUAAGGAAAGUAGAGGAAAACGGAAUAUUGCUCACUUUGGUCCAACGAACUUAAAGUCAUCAAUAGCCUAUUGUAUGCUUUCAUUGGCAAAUAUUAAGCCAGGUGAUGUGGUGUGUGAUCCAAUGUGUGGAGGAGGCUCCAUUCCUAUAGAGGCUUCCCUCAAUUGGCCCACAUCUUUUCACCUGUGCGGAGACCAUCAUGAAUUAGCUCCCGCCAGGACCUUGGCUAAUGUACAGAAUGUGGUUGAACUACAGUUGGAAAAAAAGAAGACUCUUCCCCUGGAUAUUUUUCAAUGGGAUGUGUGCAAUCUUCCCUUGAAGGCCAACAGCAUUGAUGUAUUCAUCUCUGAUUUGCCUUUUGGGAAGAGAAGUGGUUCCAAGCAUGAAAACUGGAAACUGUAUCCCAAAGCUCUGGAGGAAAUGGCCAGGGUGUGUUCAGUAGGAAGUGGAAGGGCUGUACUUCUGACUCAGGAUAAGAAGGUGAUGUGGAAAGCAGUGAACAGUUCAAGACAGUGGAAGAAAGAUUUGACUUUGUGGAUCAACAUAGGAGGUCUCAAAGCAGGAAUAUAUGUUCUUACCAGGACUAAAUAGUGAGAUUUUGAUGUACUGUGGCUGGUUAACAAUAUUUGCAUUACAUGAAGUUGAAUCCUGAGGGUGUCUUUGGCAAAUGGGUUGUUUUUAUUUCAGGAGAACUGUUCUGGUACAACAGAAAAGUCUUAUUACAAUGGAGGAGUAUUACUUAUCAAUCCACUAUAAAUUGUUCAAGAUCUCACCUUUCUUAGUUCUCCAGAAAUGAUAAACACAUAGAUGUAGGAUCUCACACUUUCAAUACAUUACUAAGAAAGUGGGUGAUGAGAAUGGACAGACAUAUUGGUCAGGGAGAGUUCUCUUCACAGAGUACCAAUACUGUAACUGAUACCAAGGGAGGAUUGGAGUGGUCAGGACCUUCCACCCCAACAGACAAGUGGGUUUUGUUUUUCUUGUGUGGCAUUAAAAUUCUGGCAACUACAGGGUUACUUAUGACUUCUCAACUGGUUGUUGUGUGUGUU